AUGUAUCAAUACAGAGAUUCUUCUUAUCAGUAUCAACAUUUUACGCAUUCCUAUUAUGCUCUUUAUAAUGAAUGGCGAGAUGAUGAAGACUUACCACCUCCGGAUAAUCCAUUAAGUAGUCUUAAUCAUAAUGAUAUUUCAGCAACUAGUCGAACAAAUAGCGACACUGAGAUAUCCAAUACCGUUACAAAUGCCAACAACAAUACUACUGAGAUAAGGCCUGACCAAGCUGCCAUGUUUACCUCUACGAAUGGUGACUCUUUAGGUACACAGUAUUGGGAGUUUUUUGAUGAUGAAGAAAAUUGGGAAAUAUUUAAUAAAUACAAUCUUCAGGUUGAAAGCAAUGGCAGAAUUAUCUAUAAUCAUAUUAUAGGUAAAGAUAUGCUUGAUUUUAAUGACAGCGGUACUUUAAUUAAUCCUAAUAAUAAUAGCGAUAACGCUAUCCAUCACGAUAGUAGUAAUCCAACUGAUAUUAUAGAGACUAAUCCAACUGAAAUUGAGACAAGCAAUCAUAGAGAAGAUGUAAACAUAAUAUCUGGUUCCUUAUUUGAUCCUAGAAUAUUAAAAAAAAUUCGUAAUAAAGUUAAUGGUUGGAAUGAUAUGGGUUCUUGUAUUCGUUAA